AUUCACCGGCGCGCGUCUUGACUGUGGGUCGUUUGACGCGUUCAAGAGCUUUCGCUCACUUCAGACUCCUUGUUACGCUAUUUGACCUGGCGAACUGGAAUCCCACACAAGAUUAUUCCUUCACUUCUCUACCAAACAAAACCCGUUAGCCUAUUGAUACAGUCCUUUCAACAUGUUUUUGAGGCCAGAGAGUUUAGGUCUACUUUUCGUGAUACUCAAUAUCUCAUGGUCGGUAGAUCGUGCUAAUUUUAAAACAUGUGACCAGAGCUCGUUCUGUACUCGACAACGACAAAUAAAACCCGGGGGACUUGCGCACAGGUUAGAACCAAGUUCUGUCAAGAUAAACCCACAUGGAAUAACUGCAGUUAUUUACACUGAAGAUCAAAACCAUCAUCUGUCGCUGGAUGUUACCUAUAAUCAACACUCCACCUUCCGUGUACUCAUUGAUGAAUUGACAGAUGAGUAUAAAAGGUAUCGCGUGCCUACAGGAGACGUUUUGCUAGGCGUUGAAAAGGCCCCUAUCAGGUGUAAAUUUGCUGAGAAUAGUUUAGUGUUGGAUGGACAGUCUGGAUACAAGGCAGUCGUGUAUUAUAACCCUUUUCAUAUCGAUUUUUUCCUGAAUAACAUUGUUGUAGCAUCAGCAAAUAAGAGAAGUCUUUUAAAUUUUGAACAUCAGAGGAAAAAACCGAUUAUCGAUAAAAAUAAGGUAUCUCAAAAUGACAACCGUACAUUACCAAGUGAAAAUCAUGAGGUUGAUAUUUCUACUGUAAAUAGUUCCGAAGAUUCUUCAGGAAAUACAGAUGUACCAAAAGACUCCACUACCGAUGAAGACAAAGAAGAUGAAAAACAAGAUCAUAUAGAUACAGAGCACACAGUUCCGGAAGAUCAGUCAUGGUCAGAAUAUUUCAAGGAACAUCUUGACACAAGACCUCACGGCUUAAACUCUAUCUCGAUGGAUUUCGACUUUCAGGGAUUCAGUCACGUCUAUGGGAUCCCAGAACAUGCUGAUGGAUUCGUUUUGAAAACUACAAGUGAUGGCGACCCCUACAGACUUUAUAAUCUUGAUGUAUUCGAAUAUGAGGUCCAUAAUAAAAUGGCCUUAUAUGGCUCUGUCCCUGUUAUGUGGGGACACAAUCAAAACAAUACUGUGGGUGUCUUGUGGCUGAAUCCGUCGGAGACAUGGAUCGACAUUGAUCAUUCGAACUCACAAAAUAGCGGAAUAUUUUCAGGUUUCUUUUCGAAGAAACCAGAGAAAUCUUCAGUACAAACGAGAUGGAUAUCUGAGUCCGGCUUAGUAGAUUUAUAUGUGUUUAUGGGUAGUACUCCAUCUGAAGCAAUGCGUUCUUAUGCUAGUGUGGUAGGUACUACCAAGUUACCACCCCUGUUUGCGAUUGGUUAUCAUCAGUGUAGAUGGAACUAUAAUGAUGAAGCUGAUUUACUUUCUGUGGACAAACAUUUUGAUGAAUAUGAAAUGCCUGUUGAUGUUUUGUGGUUAGACAUUGAACACACUGAUGGAAAACGUUAUUUUACUUGGGAUAGAACUAAAUUUCCAAAUCCAAAAGAAAUGGUUGAUAAACUGAAUGUUAAAGGUCGAAAGCUCGUUACGGUUGUUGAUCCUCACAUUAAGCGUGACUCGAAUUGGCCUUUAUUCAGUAAUUCCCAAAAUAAUGGGAUUUUCGUCAAAACUAGAGAUGGGACCGAAUUCGAUGGUUGGUGUUGGCCUGGAUCUAGUGCGUGGCCUGAUUUCACUGAUAAAUCUGUUCAGCAGUGGUGGUCAAAUCUAUUCCUUACUUAUGAACCUGUUUGCAAAGAUUCGAUGUUUACCUGGAAUGACAUGGGUGAACCAUCAGUUUUUAAUGGUCCUGAAGUCACUAUGCAUAAAGAUGCUAAGCAUGCAGGUAAUUGGGAGCAUCGUGAUAUACAUAACUUAUAUGGGUUAUACGUACAUAAGUCAACUUGGGAUGGACUCAUGUUGAGGUCGAACGGCGUAGAACGUCCUUUUGUGUUGACCCGUGCGUUUUUUGUUGGUUCACAACAGACAGCAGCUGUUUGGACUGGAGACAAUACUGCUGAUUGGUCGCACUUAAAGAUUUCAACUUCUAUGCUUCUCAGCAUAUCAGUCGUAGGGAUAACCCUAUGUGGAGCUGACGUGGGAGGUUUUUUCGGCAAUCCAGAUUCUGAGUUAUUGACAAGGUGGUAUCAGGCGGCUGCUUAUCAACCAUUCUUCAGAGCUCAUGCACACAUAGAUAGCAAACGCCGUGAACCUUGGCUAGUGGCUUCGGAAUAUAUUGAUCCCAUUCGAAAGGCAAUACAAGCUCGCUAUCAAUUACUUCCAUACUGGUAUACAUUGUUUGCUCGUUCGGAAGCAAACGGUCAACCAGUUAUGGCACCAAUGUGGUUUCAUUUUCCUAAAGAUGUGAAUACGUAUGGUUUGGAUGAUCAAUAUAUGAUUGGAGAAGCUGUGCUUGUGAGUCCUGUCACUGAUCAAGGUGCUGGCUAUGUGCAGUUAUAUUUUCCAAAGGGAACAUGGUAUCAUUAUCCAUCGCUUGAGGUAUUUGCAGGUGAACAGUCGACACAAUAUCCAGUAACGAUAAAUUCCAUACCUGUAUUUUAUCGAGGUGGGUGGAUUAUACCACGAAAAGAGCGUAUACGUCGUUCUUCAUGGCUUAUGCGUAGUGAUCCCUAUACAUUUGUUGUUUGUUUGGACCCUCAGAAGCCUGAUGCUGUUGGUUAUAUAUACAUAGAUGAUUUCCAUUCAACUUCUAAAUCAAAUGCCCAGUUUUUCAAAAUUAUUUACCAACGAGUUGUCGACCCAACGGGUGCAGGUGUGCAUGGUGGACGAUUGCGCUUACAACGUUUACCAUUACCAGGUGAAACUUCCAUAGUACUACCUAAAGAUGAUGUUUUUAUACCGAAAAUUGAACGCUUUGUUAUUGUUGGGUUCAGUAGUCCCUUGGAAAGAAUUACUGUGAUCGAUGCCCAUAAACCACGAAGAAAUAUAGGGUUUUCCAUUACUCCGUCCUCUGUUUUUUCUGCUGGUUUUAAACACGUACCACGCAUUGUUGUUGUUCGUAAACCUGAUCUUUCAUUAAAUGAUGAAUGGGAAGUGCAUUUUGUCACAGGGAAAGAAUCCAGGGAUGAUUUGUAAAUGAUAGUUGAUAUCAAUCCUAUUUCUUCAACAUAGUACUCUCAUGUGUAUAUGAUUUGGCUCCAAGUUAUCUUGUUUUCUAAAACACUUGCUCAGUUUUAAUUUUUACAUCAUUUUUCUCCAUCUCUUCAAAUGUGACGUAUGCUCUUGCCUGCCUGUUUGUUUUCUUUUCACUUUUCGUCUCGUUUUUUCCUGUUUUUAGCGCAUCUUUCUCAGUUCCCUUUUUCUAUUUUGUGAUUGUGUCUGUGUUUGAAUGUAAACAAAGAAUUUUCUCAUUGCUUUUAUGUAUGUUUUUAUUUUAAAAAGUGAAUUUGUUAAGAUAGAAACCUUUUUGAAUUUAUAAUGGGAUCGUCAAAAGAUUUAGGUGCGUAUUUAUAUAAAUUGUUCAACCAUUUACCUCCAGACAUUACUCAUUUGUCUCAAUUCUGUGAUUGGAAUUGUUAAGUAACACUGAGUAGUAUAAUCACUAGAAUAUAAUGGCCUGGUAAACCUUAUAUUAGCACUGAGUUUGAAAGAACGCCUAACCGAACUUAUCUUAAAUAUAGGCUUAUUUCCAAUAUGAAAAUUCGUGUAUUUAAUGUCAUAUGCUUAGAUCAAAUCAUCUGGUGUAACACCACAACCACAUAAACCAAAAAGUGAAGCACUACGAAGGUACAUCUGUGAGUGCCUCCAAAUGCCCUAAUACGGCCGACAGUAGGGAGAGUCCACUCUGCCGCUCGAAAUGCUCUCACAUGGCUAUGCGUGUAUAGCCUCUGUCAGGGAAGUCCUACUCAUUGCCUUCUCGUGGCGAGGGUGUUGGACAUGGAGAGUCCACCUAGAGGAGUUGGAAAACCCUGAUUCCAAACCAAUGAUGCACAUGGGCUACAGUGUCCUGAGGGAACAAAUGGCGUAUGAACUAAUCGUCGGUCACCUGCUACCAUGGGACUGCAUCUCUUUACGAUGCCCCAUUGCCUUGUGGAUCAGACCUUCAUGUCGAAGGCUCGGGGUGUGGCCCCCUAAGAAAACCACCUGCUUCGGUUUGGGCACCCGGAC